AUGCACUCCAAAGUCGUCAUCAUUGGCUCGGGCCCAGCAGGCCACACUGCAGCGAUCUAUCUCGCGCGAGCCAACCUCGACCCAGUCAUGUUCGAGGGCUUUAUGGCGAACGGCUUCGCUGCUGGUGGACAGCUCACCACAACCACAGACGUCGAGAACUUCCCUGGUUUCCCGACCGGCAUCCUAGGCCCGGAACUCAUGGACAAAUUCCGCGAACAGUCCGUGCGUUUCGGGACCACCAUCAUCACAGAAACGGUGUCCAAGAUCGACUUGUCAUCGCGCCCGUUCAGGUACUGGCGCGAGAUGCAGGAGGAUGGUGAGCCAGAGACAGCCGACGCGGUGAUUAUCGCGACCGGCGCGAGCGCUAAGCGGAUGGGGCUGAAAGGCGAGCAAACGUACUGGCAGAGUGGAAUAAGUGCAUGUGCGGUGUGUGAUGGUGCCGUGCCGAUCUUCAGGAAUAAACCAUUAGCUGUUAUCGGUGGCGGUGAUUCCGCUGCUGAGGAAGCCACAUAUCUCACGAAAUACGGCUCGCACGUCUACGUUCUCGUGAGGAGAGGUGAACUCCGCGCUUCCAAGAUCAUGGCAAAGCGUUUGCAGAAUAACCCCAAAAUUACUCUCCUUUGGCACACAGUCGCGACCGAAUGCCAAGGUGACGGGGACCUCCUGAAUAACCUUCGCAUAAAGAACGUACAGACAGGAGAGGAGCGGGACCUUCCUGUAAACGGUUUGUUCUACGCCAUCGGCCACGAACCAGCCACGGCUCUCGUCCGCUCACAGCUCGAGACCGAUCCCGAUGGGUACAUCAUCACGGUUCCUGGCACGACGCAGACAUCAGUAAAGGGUGUCUACGCCGCAGGAGAUGUUCAGGACAAGAAAUUCCGACAGGCUAUCACCAGCGCAGGAAGUGGGUGUAUGGCUGCGCUCGAGGUGGAGAAGCUGCUGGCAGAGGAGGAGGAGUUUUAG